CCCAACGUUCUUUAACACGCCAUAUUUGAUUCAGUGUGUGUUGAUAUGUUUUGGAGUAGCUGUUAGCACACAUAUUUGAUUUCACUUUUCCCACCUUUAAAGAAAUGGUUAUACAUUUCUAGCAGUUUAUCGCUUGUUUCGUGUGUUGUGGGGAUAUUUUCUGGAAUGUACCGGCGCGGGGGAAGCAAGACGGACCAUAAUAAAGCGACUAAGGAGCAGAGCGACAGCAGCAAGUAUGCGGAGCUGCUGGUGUUCGGCUACGCCUGCAAGAUGUUCCGGGACGAUGAGAGGGCCAUCUACCACGAUCAGGGCAAACACCUUAUCCCAUGGAUGGGGGACAAGAACAUCAUGAUCGAUAGGUACGAUGGCCGCGGUCAUUUACAUGAUCUUUCGGAAUAUGACGCAGGCUCGUGGAAUCACGAUUACCAGCUGUCCGAGGAGGAGGCCAGGAUAGAGGCUCUGUGUGAUGAGGAGAGGUACCUGGCCAUGCACACGGAUCUGCUGGAAGAGGAGGCCAGGCAAGAGGAGGAGUAUAAAAGGCUGAGCGAAGCCUUGGCAGAUGAAGGCACCUACAAUGCUGUGGCCUUCCGUUACAGCGCUGACUACUAUGAUCCCUCCCAGCCCACUGAGGAAGAUGAGGCCAACAAAGAAGCAGAUCAAGAACAGCAGGAGGAAGAGAGUGAGGAGCCAUUUGUGGCGCCCCCUGGCCUCCUCAUCCCUUCCGAUGUUGAGCUGCCUGCGACCACCAAUACGCACGCUAUUAUUGAGCGCACCGCCAUCUUUGUAUGCAAGCAGGGGGCUCAAUUUGAAAUUGUGCUGAAUGCAAAGCAGGCUGGGAACUCCCAGUUUGAUUUCUUGCGGUUCGACCACUACCUGAACCCUUACUACAAACAUAUUUUACGAGCUAUGAAGGAGGGGAGAUACACACCAGCAUCAGAGGGCAAGCAGGACCAACAACAGGAAUCAAAGUCAGACGAUUCUAAUGACGAUGACGAUGAUGAUGAUGGGGAAGGAAACUACCUGCACCCAAGUUUGUUUGCAUCCAAGAGGAGCUCUCGUCUGGAGGAAAUAAUGAAGCCUCUGCAGGUCAUUGAUCCAGAUCACCCGCUGGCUGCGCUCGUUCGAAAAGUCCAGCAGGAGAAUAAUGGUGCUGCAGCAAUGGCGACCAAAGCAGAGGAAGAGCAUCAGUUGCCGGCAAUAACCACGCAGACAGAAUAUUCAUCUGACCGUGAGUAUAAUGGGUGUUUCGUCAUUGUCAGAGUGCUGCAGGUUCAUCUCAACCUUUAA